CAAUCAGUCUUUCUGUCAUUCUAGGAUUCUCUUACAGCUGAUGAAAUAACCAGCUGGCUGCUGCCAACUGAAGAAUUUUUAAAAGGGCAGUGAGGAGGUUUAAAGGCCCACCUUGGAGAGGCGGCCUUGGCAACAGCUGGUGAGAGGACAGCUGAUGGUGCGCGCGCCCUGCUGCUCCAUGUAUUGACCCCCACCCCGAGCGAUCAGCUGGAUUGAUCCUGUACGCUCUGCUCAGCCGGCAACUGGGCACCUCAUCAGGCUUUCUUGUCGAAGAAAGUAAUGGAUUUUUAAUUGGACGAAAUGUCUCUUUUAACACCAUCCUUGUUGAACAGCAGCAUGUCUGGUGGAGGUAGUCUUUUUUCUGACGUUGGUGUGAUGCUGGUGGAAGGGCGGACACCGGAGCCUUCAAGCCCGAGAGGUCACAAAGAAGGGCCUCAUUUACUUCCUCUUACUCCUCAGGUUCAGCACCAUACAUGCACUGAAGGGGAUUUUCUUUGCGAACGUGCUGCUGGUCUGAGACGACAUUUAUCUUUAUUGUCUGAAAAUUCCGCUCCUAUGACCAUUGACGUUCUUCUUUCACCGGAUUGUCCAUGUGGUUCUUCGCGGGCAUCUUCAGUCAAUAUUUGUUGUCUCGCCUCUUCUGAGGAUCUUCUUAUUGAACAGUGGACUGUUUCUUUACUUUCUGCCAAACCUCAGAAAACCUGUGAAGUACCAGAGAAAGUAUUACUACAGGCAAUCAGAUCUCAGUUACAUUUUUCCCAGUUAUCAGCUUGGUAUAGUCUUGGAAAAGUCAAAAAUGUCACCUAUCGUCUUUCACAUCCAGUUGGAUGUCCAGAGUUCUCCCGUCCACCCCUCCACCAUGAUUUUCCUAUUGCUAAGCUGCCAUCUGGUUCUUACAUUAAGGUGAGCCUGAAAUCACUACCUCGCCUCGAUGGUAUGCCAUCAGUGGUUUGCCCACUUCACAGUUCUGUUUCACCUUUAUCAACUACAGUGACUGUUUUUAAAUCAGUCUUUGCCGAACUAGGUCACUGUCUAUUAGACCCUCCUGCUAGGAUUCCUGCUGUUAAACAAGGAUUUACUAUGUGGCGUGAUAAUAAAACUUCAUCCCCUACCAAAUCUCGACAUAAACCAGUUCGAUCACCAUCUAAAAAUAAGCAUCUUUUAGUACCAGGUUUAUUGGAUGAUCGAAUGCAAAGUGGUUGUAAGCACAUUGGUAAGCAUCAUUGUGAGGAUGACUUUGAAGAAAAAAACUCCCCUCCAUAUUCUUUUCGUAGUUCGUAUUUUCAAGAUGAAGAAAAGAGUUGUAGUAAAGAGCCUUCCGACAGCAGUUAUGAUCUCAGUAAACCACAUACCCGUGGAGUGUUAAGUGUUCUUAGGAAUCAAGUGUGUAACAGGGUGUCCAUUCCGGAAGGUUCAAAUUGUCAAACAGAAAAGAUUUUGUCAGCAAUUUUAAAAACAGGAAACUCAUCGGGAAGUAAUCCCCUGAAGAGGAAGAGGUCAGCCCUCGAGACUUCGAGCAAAAGGCUUUUGUCUGGUGAGAAGUCUUCUUUCAAGGCUUGCUCCGAUCUCGCGGAAUGUUUUACCAGGCUGAAGAUAACUGCUAAGGAGCAGCCUUCUCAAGUUAAUACUAUGGUUACUCAGUCUCCUGUUGAAGAAGGAACUUUCAUCAAACCAAGGAGUAUACGACACAUACCUUCGCCUAUCCCUCUCAGGAAGAGUAAUUGGGUUACUGACUCCAGUUCUGAAGAAACUGAAUGUGACAGCCCACGGAGCUGUGGUCCUGAAAUGUGCCUUCCUAUAUCUUCUCCUAAAUUAUCAAGUCCUCGGAGGGCUAAACAUACCUCGUUAUUAGGCAAUUUUGAAGAAAAUGUGUUAAAAGGACGACUGAAACCUGUAUCGGUGGUGGAGGGGUUUUCAGCUGAUCUUGGAGCUAGUGGCGCAUUUUGUCCUCAACACUUGAAACUACCUGUCACUGUUUCUUUUUUCUCCUUCGAACCAUAUUCAGCGCCUUAUCUUGGUCACAUUAAGCUGAGCAAGAAGGGAUAUACAGUGCCUCGGAGCGGUACGAUACAAGUGACACUAUUCAAUCCCCUCGGUACCGUGAUAAAGAUGUUCGUGGUGAGCUAUGACAUGAAAGAUAUGCCUGAUAAUAGCUUGACCAUGGUGAGGCAGAGGGCAUGGGGGCCUGGAAACAAAUUAACCUACCUCAUUCAUCUCAGAUUUUGUAGCAGCAAAUCUGGUCGAAUAUCUCUCCACUCAGAUAUUAAGAUGUUGAUCUCCCGUCAGUACGAUGUUGAUAGUUCUAUAUGCCUCGAUAUGGAUAGCUCUGCUCAGUUACGAUCUGUUACAGAGCAAUCUACUGCACCCAAGUAUUCACUCAAAACUAAUUCCAAUAAACGGUGUCUUUAGCUACCACAUGUUAUAUUUUUAGAGACAAUGUUCAGUAUGUAAGGCAGUAUGUUAAUGAAUAGGAACGAAAACAAGGUUUUAUUUUAAUAGUGCACACUGUAUGAUGUAUAUAUUUAGUUAUAAAUAUAGUGUAAAUCUGUAUAUAUUGUUGACAUUCAAACUUGAUUUAACCAAGUUUAAACUCUUUUGAAUAAACCUUGUUGAGCUCAUAUUUGUUUAUAAAAUUUUAUAUUAGAUUAUUAUAUAAGUAUAUAAAGAAUUAUAAGUUUCGCAUCGAAACUGAAGUGAUAGUGAUGAGAGCUCUUUCUUUCUUUUUUUCAUAUAUUCAUUUUAAUUAUUGAAUUUCUUUAUUGUGGCUGUGUCAAACUUUCAUCGAAUAGAGAUGAAACACUGCUAAAGAAAAGAGCGAUCACUUGUUUUAUUUUAUAUGAAUAUCUAUAAAUAUAUAUACAUAUAUAUUGUUCUAUGUAUGAUCAUAAAUUGUAAAUCUUAUUAUUUGAAUUAUGAUAGAUUGGAAAAUGAGAAUUAACAUUAAGAAUAGAGGGUAAAAUAAAGUCUUUAAAGUUUUAAAUGUAAUUUGUCUGCUAUUCAUGCUAGUUUGUUUUUGUCGAAGGUGUUAGCAAGCUUUGUCAAGUUUAAAGUAAGAGUUAUUGUACAGGUUACUUUUCAAUCUAAAUAAGAAUGUAAAAUAUUAAUUUUAUUAUGUUUAUUCAUCCUUACAAGCGAUUAAAUAUUUAUAAGUGUAUAUUCAUAAGAUUAUGGGUAGAUAUUUAAAAAGAACUCACAGAUAGCAAUUAGUGGUGUGAACAAAGUCUAAUUAAUUUUAAGCAGUUAAUCAAUCAAUCCUGUACAACUAUCUCCAAAUAUUUGUAGAAGCUAGAUGUGUCUAUUAGGAAGGAAUGCUGUAAUGUAUUCGUAUAACCCUCUUGUUGUCAUGCGUGUUGAUAAUGCUGUGUUCCAAUCUUUUUCAUGCAAUAAAUUCUCCAGUUUGUGAUGAAACAAUUUAUUUUUUUUACUUCAGAUCAUUCUUAUUUUAUUGUGGAACCAUUGAAAAUAAAAAACAUAUUACUGGAA